AGCGGCGCAUGCGCGGUGUCGCGACUCCGGCAGUGGGGAAACAUGGCGGCUCCGACGCUGACGGGGAAGCUGUAUUCCCUGCUGUUCCGCAGGACCUCCACCUUCGCCCUGACCAUCGCCGUGGGCGCCCUGUUCUUCGAGCGUGCCUUCGACCAAGGCGCGGACGCGAUCUACGAACAGAUCAACCAGGGGAAGCUGUGGAAACACAUCAAGCACAAGUAUGAGAACUAGCUCCUCGGAGGCGCCCAUCCAGGCCAGAUGGACCAGGUCCGCCCACCAGCUGUCUGCCCGGAGCCAGGGCCUCGGCGUGAGGAGACGCUCACAGCCCUGACCGCGGACCACGUUUCGCUGUUGUUACGAAAUGCCUCCACCUGACAGACUCUCCGCUUCUGCUGUGUUUGAAGUGUGAUUCUUAGCCAGAGGCAUCAGCCAAUAAAUGUAAGCUGUCGGUGAGA